AUGACAGAUAUCAGCACAGGCAGUGAAUUAAAACUAGGGGAUGUCUUCUACGUUGGAGGAGAAUACGUUCAGGAUUCGAGGGGAACGCACAUGAGGGGACAAAUAUGCGUUCGCCGGUAUGGGAAGAAAGUGCCCAACCAGCCAGCCAUAAUUUAUAUCCACGGGGCAGCGCAGACUGGAACGCACUUUGAAUCCACACCCGACGGUCGGGCAGGGCUGGCUGUGCUUCAGGCUCAGAGCGGGUGGGAGUGCUUUGUGCUGGACCAACCGGGCAUUGGGCGCUCUCGUUACCAUGCGGCUGAUGUGGGAGAGUUGACCCAAUUCACGGUCGAGGAGGUACAGGGCUGCUAUACGGCUCCAUCUCCUGAUGCAUGGCCUCAGGCGAAAUUGCACACUCAGUGGCCAGGGUCAGGUAAGAGGGGAGACUCCAUAUUCGAUGCCUUCUAUGCAAGCCAAGUUGGCCACAUCGGAGACUAUCGAAAGGUUGAGCAAUUAUUUCGGGCCAAUGUGAAUGCAUUACUUGCACUAACAGGACCUGCCUUCGUGGUUACACACUCCCAGGGAGGGUUGUUAGGAUGGCACACUGCCGAUGAGUGCCCGGGAUUAGUGAGAGGGAUCAUCGCUUUGGAGCCAAAUGGCCCUCCGUACAUCUUCCCUGGGUACCCUCCGUACUAUUCCAGCGUACACUCUGUCGGUAAAGUCGUCCGUCCAUUCGGCAUCACAUAUUCUCCUUUGCAUUACGAGCCGCCUCUCGCGCCAGAUGCGAAAUCUUUACCUUUUAGGAAAGAAACUUCGGUGAAACAUGUUCAGGGACUGGUGGACAGGGAGCAUAGAAUAUCGCCAUCGCGCAAACUGCCGAACCUGGCCUCGACACCUGUCCUCGUGAUAACAGGAGAAGCCUCGUACCAUGCGCCUUAUGACCAUCUGACGGUUGAGUUCCUUCGCGAGGCAGGUGUACGGACAGAGCAUAUUCGCCUCGAAGAUUGUGGCAUCAACGGCAAUGGGCAUCUUCUGGGGAUCGAAAAGAACAAUAAGGAGAUACAGGAGCUCAUCGAACGCUGGCUGGUGAAGCAUGCAAGUGAUUCUUCUGGACAAGCGGAACUGCCAGAUUCAGGCGAGUAA